GAAUUGGCGGUAUUCUGGUGAUGGGAGUCGGCAUCUUCGCCAGCGGUGUGUUCAUCAGGAAAGCCAAUCCCACAGCUAGAACUGUUGCUGGCUGGAUUGCUUUAACUGCCCUCAUCUAUUCUAUAGGUAUGGUGAUCCUAAUGUUUGUUGGCUGCCCUCCAGAGGAUUUUAUAGGCCUAGUGGAAGAUGAAAGUGGGAAGCACUUCACUCCGGUGUGCAACAGGACGUGUGGAGAUUGUGACGCCACAACCUUUGCACCUGUGUGUGACCUACAGGGAAAGACAUACUUUUCCUCCUGUCAUCUGGGCUGUUCUAAUGCCACUCUUUUUAAGGAGUCAAAUCAACUAGUGUUCUCCAACUGUGACUGUUUACCAGAGGGGGAGACUGCAGUGUUGAGACUGUGUGGAAUGAAAUGUAAUAAUUUUGUCUGGUACGUGAUCAUCUUCUCUGUGUUUGUGUUGAUACAUUCCACGUCGGAGGUGGGUGGCAUGCUGGUCACGCUACGCUGUGUAGACCCUAAGGACAAGGCCAUGGCACUUGGCCUCAUCUCUGUUGCUAUUGGUUUAUUAAGCAAUGUUCCGUGUCCAAUAAUAUACGGUGCUGUGGUUGACUCUGCGUGCAUCCAUUGGAAGGAAACUUGUAGAAUAGCAGGUGCUUGUCAGCUCUAUGAUUCUGAUGCUUUCAGAAUGUUCUUCCAUGGCAUGACAGGUGCUGUUAUGAUAUUAGCAUUUAUGGUGGAUUUAGUUGUGUGGUAUAUGGCAAAAGCCGUGUCCUUCACUGAAGAUGAAGAGAAUCCAGAAGAGGAAACUCCCAUGAACCCCAAAUCUCUCUCUCCAUCCACAUCUGUAACAGUUGACCAAACUCCAACAACAUCUACACCCCAAGAAAGUAUUCCUAUGCUCUCUCCAAGUGAGGGAGCUCCUUCAAUCAGUCAAGAAAGUCGAUCAAGUAUGUGAGAAUAGAAAUAUUAGAUCAAACGUGGUAUGUACGUGUGUAUGUAAAUAAUUCUCUCUCUCUCUACCAGGGUAGCCUAUAUCUACACCAUUUUUAUAAAUCAACUCUGGGUCUGAAACUUCAUUUAAACACUCAUUCCAUGCCAACACUGUGCCACAGAUAUCCGGGGGUUGUAUUUGGGGUUUGUAACCGAGCAGGAAAAAAAUUCUAAAUGUUUUGGCGCUCAAAUGCUGAUACAGCAGUCACUACAGUUCAUGUAUCCAUUUGACUGCUUUGAUAGUAGACUAGUCUUCAGUUUAUAGUUACUUGUGUAUUGGCUGCUUCCAAAGCCCAGUGUUUGGUCAGGCUUGAGCAGCUUUUUCCAUAUACAUUAACAGUUUGGUAAGUGGAGAGACUUGUCAUGAUCUGACAUCAGCAACAACUUUGAACACAGAUUUGCCUUAAAUUGUACUGAGCAUAAUAAUUAUGAUGCAGAGUUCAUAAAACAAAACUUAUCCUCGAGUGCAAAUUUUAGUUGGUAAAUUUAUUUUAUUUUAAUACAGUACUGUUCUGUAUUUUGAGUCAAAAAGCAAUGUCUAAAGACAGUUAUACUCACUUUCCAGUCACUGAGAAUUUGGAGGAGUUAAGGAAUCUACAGUUGAUUAUACUACGUGGGCUGUACUUACUAUUUAGAAACUGUUAGUGUGACCAGUGCUUUCAUAAAUAAUUAAAGAUGUCUUGAUAAUAUGUGACUUAAUCAAAUGCUAAUAGCAUGCAUUGCUUAUUUGUGGUAUUUGUUCAUCUCGAGACAGUGGUGCAUCCCCAGGAAAUGUAUUAUUUUUGUAAAACUUUAUUUUUUGUAGACAACAAUUUAGCAUUUGCAGUUACAGGUAUAAGAUUUUUUAUGUUACUGGAAGACAAUUCCCAAGUCUACUAAUGCCUUAGAAUAUUUUGUCUUUAUAUAAAUUAUUUAUUCGGCAGUACGACCUCGCAACAACAGAAAUCCACAAAACGACAACUAGCGGUAGUUUGAAAUCAUUGUAAAUAUACUGAAUUUGUACAGGCUGUAUAAAAACCUGAAACUAUUUAACAUUGCUCAAGAAGUAAAAUAGAAUAUAAGGAAUGCAGUUUAAGAAUUACUAGUCUUCUGGGGGCAUUCCUCUGUUCCUACAUACUGUCUUUCUAACCCCUGGUCAAUGUGUUGCUUCACACUAGCAAAUAACACAUUAGUUUAAUAAACAAAAUAAUUUGCCACAAAUUAAUGUAUCAUGCUAACUAUUCCUUUUAAUUUAAUUUGUAUAAUCUUGAAAGAAGUUCACCUGUAUGUAUUGUUAAUGAAAGUGAAUGUCUAGAAUUUCGUUCUUCCGUUUUUGCGAGGUAGUACUGAAUUUAAUAGUUUGAAAAUGAUAAUGUUCUGUUCCCAUUUUAAAAUGAGUAUUCAAAAAGGUUGUGUUAAAAAUAAAUUGCAAUUAUUAAUUUCUAGGAUUUUAAAACUUAAAUGUUAAAAUAUUAAAACUAUAUCUAUAUAUUGUAUGACAAAUUAUUUUAUAGAAAAAUAAAACAUCCUUUUAUAAUAUGCAUUUGUAAUAUUUCUGUAGUGUGUGUUUGUGUAUAUGUUUAGUGGAGUGUGUGUGUACAAGAUGCUUAUUGUGAGAAGAAAAUUCCUUGCCAUGAUUUGUAUACAACAAUUAAAUGAGUUGCUUCUCAUUUGGAGCAUAUUCCUUGUGUAGCCUAUGUGCAAUUUCACACACAUUAUUGCAUCUCCCCAUUUGCCAACAGACUACAGCCCUCCGAGGCUCUCUGCGCCCUCCCCUAAUCCCUCCACUUUCUAUUUUGUUCUUACAUCUAUUUGCUUUAUUUUUAUUUUAACUACUUAAUUUUGUCAGUCAAGUCUCCUCCCCAUCUCGACCUUCUCUCUGACUAUGUCAGUAUGUGCACUUAUUUCACUCCACAUACAUAUGCAAAUUUAUUUCCACUGUUUGCAGUCACCCUGUCAUUCUGUUCAUGUCAUUCACAAGCAUCAGAGAAGUGAAGUGAAUGUUGUGGCACAUUUCACUUCAGGUGCACUCUCGCAUUCUACUGAAACCUAUAACCCUCAUACACAAGGAAAUCACAAUAACGUGAUAUAUCUACGAGAAAAUCAUUGGAGGAGAGGGAUUGAAUCGGUAUCCUCGGUAACCCCAGAUGCACACCCAGCACGUCGUGGUCCAUGGGUCAAGAUACAAGUUGGGGUUACCCUGGAUGCUGGUUCGAUCCUCGUCCUGCUACAAUGAUUUUUUCCUCCAACUCUUGAUCACGCACUUACCACUUCCCCGACUCUCGGCACGAUUUUUGCUGGUAUCCAUUUACAUUGAUUCAUCUUCAUUGUAAAUUUAUACUCUGAACCUUUCCUAACCACUUGCAAUACUGCUAUAUUUCCUUAUUUCAAUAACUGGAUGUUGCAGACCAUUAUCCAUUUUUGUGUUAAGUUUUCAUCUAUAUUGUAGUCCUCUUUCUUUGCUUUGUCUUUCAAGGCUCCCAAUAGUAUCUCUGUUGCUCUUUAACUCUCAUUAUUUAAUUCAGAAUCAUUGGUCUACAUCUGUUAUAUUUCUAACCUGUCAUCUCACUUAAUAUGUUGUCUUUAACAUAAUCAACCAGUUUGUUAAAAAUGUAUGGCCACAAUAAGUUAGGUGGGUUGCUUUGGUUCAUAUGUUAUUGGUUAGGUAAAACAGUGGCAUUAUCAGCAUUGCAAAUUGAGAGAACGGGCUCAUUUCCCAUUCUAUCCUUUCCUAAUCUCAUUUUUCUGUUCAAACUUAACAUACAUUCCUCCAUGCUUAUACGUAGGCAAGCUGAAUAACUUUAUAAUUGCUAAACAUAAAGACAUCUAAUUUUUCCCUCUCCAUUUUUGUUACACAUUAUCUUGAAGAAAUAUUUAAAUGCUUACAUUAGCUUUGCUCAUUCCAUAUAUUCUUUAGCACAUUCCAUAGUCUGUUCCCACCAGAUGUGUUGGGCACUUUUCAGAUCAAUGAAAGUGGAAUACAUGUUUUCCCUAACAUUUGUUACCUUUUAGAUCUGGCUUUCAAUAGCUGCAGUCAGUCAACCUAUACACAAAAUGUAAUAAAGUGCACAUUCUAACCACACAACAAAAAUGGGGAAACGGCAGAAGUUGGAAGGGUGACUGCAUUCACAUAUACAAAUAUGCAAGGAAGUACAGGUAUGGGAAUUGUCUCUCAAGAAUAUUUAAAUGAUCUCUCAAAAAGUUUAUUAUUGUCAUUUUGAAGCUAAAUACAGUUUAAUAUGCUGUGGCUAAUUAAGCUUUUUUAAAACAAGCAUCUUAAAGCCCUUCGUUUCUUCACGUAAAUCUACGUGUGUAAUAUCUUCAUGAAUUAUUUUUUGUUAAUUUUGCCAAAUUCACAGUUUUCCUUCUACUCUCUUAUUUUACUAUAUUUUACAAAUUCAUCAAUUUGUUCUCUCCCAUUUUUUCUGAUAUUUUGCUCCCUCCUUCAUUUUAGCUGUUGGUGACCUUGACACUCAUUCUAGGGUCACAUUGCAUUUAAAAGGCAUCUCUACCCAGGCUCCUUUUCCCUUCUCAGCAGCUGUUUUCAUCAAUAAAUUCCUUAAAAAUAGUAUGUUCUUAAAUUUGUUGCUGUUAUUACCGCUAUAUACAAUUUACCUCCAGUCUUUCACUCAAUCUUCCACUUUAUGAGGGUUGCGGUAGUACAGUUGGGUUCGUUCUCAACUCACAGUUGAGAAUUCCGGGUUCAAAUCCCAUUCGGGACAGAAAUGGUUGGGUGUAUUUCCUAUCACCUAAUGCUCCUGUUCACCUAGAAGUAGGUACUUGGAAGUUAGUCAGCUUGUUGUGGGGUUGCAUCUUGGGGAGGGGGGACCUCAAUAUAAAUAAGCCUAACGUGUAUGAAUAUACUCUGGCUGCCAGUCUCCUGACAACGAAUUAUUCUUAUCUACCUUUUGCAAUAUGGUUUUCCAAUGUAUAUUCUUCUUUGGCAUUCUUUGGGGGGGAGGGGGACCCCCCUUGACAAGCUGACAGCUUCCUGUUCCUAUUGAAGCUGCUAGAGAUGGUGGCCCUUAUGUAAAUUUAUUGUGUCUUUGCCUUGCUCAUCAUAACACAGCCUCCGUUCGACUUUUUCAUUUGCUUUGCAGUCCCAUCUUAGCCUUUUAAUGUUACUCAGGUAUACACGAUUGUCCUUGUUCCUCACAUUUCAUCCAUCUCAUUGUCUAACUUUCCGACUGAAAUUGUAUCUCAAUUAGCAAAAUAAUUUAAUGAACUUCUUGUUUCUAUGUAUUUUAAAUUUUUACUAGACUUUGUUAUUCAAAUUAUAUCGACUUGUGUACAAUUUUAUAUAUUAAGCUUAUGUUGAUGAACAAAAUAAAUAUCAUAUAUA